UGCAUAUCAUCUCUCUGUCUGUGUUCAUAUACAGUGAAAUGGCAGAAGCCAGUAUCUCAUGGGCUGAAGAUCAGUUCUGCUGUCCAGUGUGUCUGGAUCUCCUGAAGGAUCCAGUGACGAUUCCCUGUGGACACAGUUACUGUAUGAGAUGCAUCACAGACUACUGGGACCAGGAGGAUUGGAAAGGAAUCUACAGAUGUCCUCAGUGCAGAAAAACCUUCACACCAAGACCUGUUUUGGGUAAGAAUGUGGUGUUUGCUGAAAUGGUGGAGAAACUCAAGACAAUGAGACUCCAAUCCACUCCUGUUCCUGCUACUCCUGCUGCUCCUGUAGUUCAUCGCACUGGGUCUGGAGAUGUUCAGUGCGACUCCUGCACUGUAAAUAAACAGAAAGCAGUGAAAUCAUGUCUGGAGUGUCGAAGCUCUUACUGUCAAAAUCACCUUGAACAGCAUGAGAAUCUCUUCAGAGGUAAUAAACACAAUUUGAUGGACGCCACUGGACGACUGCAGGACAUGAUGUGCCCUCAACAUGGUAAAAUGCUGGAGAUUUACUGCCAUACAGACCAGCGAUGUAUCUGUAUGCUGUGUUUGGUGGACGAACACAAACAUCAUGACACUGUAUCAACUGGAGUGGCAAGAGCAGAGAAACAGAGACAUUUUGAGGAAACACAGCGAAACAUCCAGAAAACAAUCCAGCAGAGAAAGAUAGAUCUAAAGCAGAUGAGAGAGGCUAUGGAGUCUCAUAAGCACUCUGCACAGACAGCAGUGGAGGACAGUGAGAGGAUCUUCACUGAUCUCAUUCGCUCCAUUGAGAAACGUCGCACUGAGGUGAAGCAGCUGAUCAGAGAUCAGGAACAAGCUGCAGUGAAACAAGCUGAACAAAGACUGGCGCGACUGGAGCUGGAGAUUGAUGAUCUGAGGUGGAAAGGGACUGAACUGAAACAGCUUUCAAACACAGAUGAUCAUAUUCAUUUCCUCCAGAGUUGCCCGUCUGUCUCUCUCUCUGGAUCUACAGACAGCUUCACUGUCAGUUCUCGUCCCAAUUUUGAUGAGGUAGUGAAGUCUGUCUCUCAGCUCAGAAAUAAACUGCAGCAGUUCUGCACAGAUGAAAUAGAAAGGUUAUCUAAAACAGUGAAAACCGUCCAGGUCAUUGUCCCGAGUCAUCAGCUUACGACUAGGAAGGAGUUCCUACAAUAUUCCCGUCUGUUGACUCUGGAUCUGAACUCAGUGAAUUAUGGGCUCCGUCUGUUUGAAGAAAACACAGUGAUCACUUACUCUGACACACGUCUGCCAUAUCCUGAUCAUCCAGACCGAUUUGAUUCUUGGACCAUGGCGCUGUGUAGGGAGAGUGUGACUGGACGAUGUUACUGGGAGGUGGAGUGGGCUGGUGAUGGGGGAUCAGGAGUAGAUAUAGGAGUGACAUAUAAGAGCAUCAGCAGGAAGGGAAAUGGUCCUGAGAGUGCAGUUGGACGUAACAAUCAGUCCUGGAGUUUGUUCUGCUCUCCAGACUACUGCUCAUUCUGGCACAGUAACAUAGAGACUAAACUUUCUGCAGUGUCCAGCAGUAGAAUAGGAGUGUAUGUGGAUCACAGUGCAGGGAUUUUGUCCUUCUACAGCGUCUCUGACACAAUGAGUCUCAUCCAGAGAGUCCAGACCACAUUCACUCAGCCACUGUAUGCUGUGUUUGGGUUUGAUAGACAGACAGCGGUGAAACUGUCUAGACGAUUAAACAAUCCAGAUGUUUUACAUAUUCUUAAUCCAGAUAUUCUACAGGCUUUUUUACUUCGCAGAAUGAUGAUGUCAUGAGGCGUAUCUUCCACUACUGAAUGAGCUAGAUAUUUUUAAAGGGUUUUCAAACUUCUGUAUGUCAAAAGCUUUGUAUUUUCCUGUAUGUUCAUAAUACACAAAUCUGUCAUUUCUCUUUUGCUGACUCAGUUUGUUUAAAAUAAAUUGUUUAGUUUCUGCAUUAGCCUACUGGAACAUUGUGUGCAUAGUUUUUUCUGACCACAGUUAAAGACAUCUCUAACAUCUCGUCCAACAGGAUUUGUCGUUUUCUGAAAGCUCAAUGCUUCUGCUACUUUUAGAUCAUCAGAUUUUUCAGGCUGUUUUUUGUGCACUAUUAUCUCUCAUAUACUGUAGAAAAAAUAAUUUGGCAUAUGUACACAUUUAAAAUGGUAUCUUCUGAUAGGAUUUAUUGUAAUAUUGUAUUGUAUUUUUUU